CCUUUUACCUUCUCAACAACUAGUAUAAUGAGAUUCUCUUACGCACGAGUUCCUUCGAUGGGAGGCGAGAGAGGAAGAGAAACUGUUUUUUAUUCUAUGUAUGCCUACGGUUGGUUGGCUAGUCUGCUUAUCUGGAUUAUAUCUAUGAUCUGGUAUCGAGGAAAGAUCAAUACUUGUUCUAAUAUAGAUUGCGCCGUCAAGCUAUCGGUGUAUUCUCCGAUGAUAGAGGCGGUCCGCUAUCAUGAUGUACAUUUCGAAAAUUCUUUGAACCAUUCUUCUCCAUAUUCAGGCUUCCCAACAGUCGAAACUGAGGAAGCGUGGGACAACCUUCAUAUUGGUAUUAAACUUCGUGCUCUGAACAAAUCUGAAGAGGAGCCAUGGAAACGGCUGCCGUCCAGCAUAAGCCCCAGCCAGGAUAUCGUUGGCGGUUUCGAAGUAUUUCAUCAACUUUACUGCCUAGAUUUGAUCCGGCAAUUUGUAUAUCGCGACUAUUGGGACUACUCUGAAAACCGAGCACUGAAUGCCACAAGAGAAAUGGUUUGGGUUUAUAUUGAUCAGUGCAUUCAAACUCUACGUUUGGCCCUAACGUGUCACGGGGAUACGACUCCGUAUCUAAUGAGAUAUAAAAAUGGUACUCGGACCGGAGAAGAGCCAGAUUUCGACACUACACAUCGGUGUCGUGACUUUGACAGCUUGACUAGAUGGGCUAAGGCACAUUCAAUUCGGAAUCCCGAAUUUGAGGAGGCAAAGAAUCAUCCUGCAUAA